AAUCCACAAGAUAUCAAAUAGAAUGAUAUAUGCGAUUCUCACUGCAUGGGGCAUAUCUGUAUCUGCACGCAUAGUUAGAGAGAGAGAGAGAGAGAGAGAGAGAUUCUGUCUUCCAUUCUGUGAGUUUUGAUGAUCAUGGAGAGAAGCAGAGAAACAAGAAGGCCAACCAUGGCAGCAAGCAAAAAACAGAAGAGAAUCGUGAGAGACCAGAGCCAAAAACAGAGGAGGUACAGAGGAGGAGAUCAAGAUCAAGAGAGCACAGAAGAGAGCUUGGGUUUUUCCGACCACCAAGCUCCGCCGCCGCUAAAGGCUGCCCGUGAAAUGAUCGGAGUUUCAGUUCCCAGAAAAGCUCGCUCAGCUGCUGGAAAGAGGUCGCAUGAAAAUUUCUCUUCUGGGAGUCAUGGAGGAGUUGGGGAGGAAGAACGGAGUCUUCAGCAGCUGAGAUUCAAAGCUGCUUCGCUUUCUUUCUCAAAUGUUUCAUCGAGGAAGACGAUGAAACCAAAUGGACCCAAGAUUCGGAUUCCAAACCUGUCGAAAUCUUCAGGGCCUGUAGAAGAGGAAGACGCCAUUGAGAUUGAGAUCGCUGAGGUUCUCUAUGGCCUUAUGAAGCAAACCCAGAAUUCGAAAACAUGUAGAAAUGACUCCGAGGAGAAGAAACCGGAUGCUGAAAGUGCUUCAAUGGCGGUUCAAAGCAGCUCAGUGGCUGAAGCAAUUGAAGUUGAAGAAAGUGACCGGCCGGAAAAGAUUGAAGCUUGCUCUGAAGGUGCAUCAGGGUCGAUGGACUCGCACGAGGAGAAAGCCGGAAGUCCAUACGUGGAAGAAAAGAGCAGCAUCGCCACAAAAGCCGAGUUUCCGUGGGAAGAUUCGACGGGGACAAACGCGAUUUCAACUGGGUUGGAGCUUAAGAGGAAGGGAGAGGAGGAAAGGUUUGAAUUUGAUCUGAUGGCUCCUCCGCCUGUGGAGCAGGAUGACGACUUGACAGAUUCUCCACCCCUUACCCAAGAUUUAGAUAUGAAGAUUGAAGUUAUGGUCAAGAACGAAGAAAAAGGGGAAACAUUUGCGGAGGAAGUCCUGCUAGAAAAAUCGCAACAGAAGCUUAAGGACAAUCCAAAUCAAGAUAGUACCAGUAAAUCCACUGCGACGUUGCAGCCUUCCGAUUCCCUUCUGUUUCAGCUGCGGCGGAAGAGAUGCGCAAGCCACCGUCACAUUGCUCACAACAUUUACUUGCAUCAGAAGGUUGCGAAGACAAACGAUUUCUGGCCUGCAGCAACUGGUUCUGUUCCUCUUUGUGGCACCAAGCCAGACAUCCCAUUGCUGGGAAGCUUAUCAGGUCCAAAUCUUCAGCAUUCGCAGAAAAAGGAGCAGGCUGCGUCGAAGUUUUCAAGUCAUAGUGGAAAGGAAAGAAGUUCUGAGGCUACGAAUUUCGUAGAGACAUCACAUAAAAUGCAGCUUUCAGUUCAGCCAACCUAUGCUGGUGGUCAAAUGCAUGGACAUACUUUCGCGGUUGAGGAUCAAACAACAGUUACACCAACCAGUAAUCAAUCUGUCCCGUUGAAAUAUGCGCAAUCAACAAACAAUGCAGCACACUCUAGUCAUUCAUCUGCUAGACCUCUGGAGAGUUCUUUAGUGAACUUUAAUGGCUAUCAAUUCCCCGUUUCAACUCAUAUAGGAACAACACCAGUGUUUGGAAGAGGAAACCCUGCUCAAGCAUUGCCUGUAUUUAACGCACCUUUCUAUUCAAAUCAAAUGUUCCACCCUUACUAUGUUCAGCAUCAAGUCCAACCAUCUCAUCAAAACGCAAAGGCUUCAUCACCGUCUCACAGGCAACAUGAGUCCCAUAAACUGAGGGAAGCACAAUUUAGUAGCAACAGUUUUUUUACCUCACAAAAGCAGCAUGUCUCACCAUCGCCUCAACAAUGCAAGCUCGAGGGUGAAGCGAACGUAGAGAAUGCUGCAUCUCCUGCUGCCGCUCAUGCUCAGAACAGUGUUUAUGGGCAGACUUUUUCGGUUCCAUUUCAACCCGUCAACUUUACCUUGAUGCCUUAUGUGACAAUGGGUGGUGGUGGCAAUGGAAACAGUGUUGAGCAAUCCCAGCAGCAGGGCUUAAAGGGUGGAGUUGAGCUCAUCCCAUCUAAGUCAUAUGGCAUAUCAUUUUCCACCAUCACUGGAAACAACGGCUCGGGUACAUGCUUGAAUUUUUCAUCCAGGGAACAAAAUCCUGCAAUAUUUCAAAGCCUCCCAGAUAUGGCCCAGCACGGGUAUAAAAUCACACCAGCACCUCAAGCUGCACAGCAAAAGAAUCACCACCACCAAGUAUCCCAAGGGAAGACCGAUGGUGGUUCAAAUAACGCUGAAGAUGGGUCAAGAGCUGCUUCUGGGAAGUCUUCAUCAGGUAUUGGGCAGAAGCAGACCCUUGUUUUCGACAAUUCAUCGAGAGCUCUCAACUUCAUGUCAUCAAAUUCUCAACAGCAGAACAUGUUCCAAUUUCAGCUGCAGAACCCACAUCAGUUGCAAAAGCAGCAACCUGCUAUUGCCGACAAAGUCCCGAAAAGCCCCCCAGUUUCCUCACAAGCUCUAAUACAAAGCAAUAGCCAUCACCAAUCUCCUCAGUUGAAGAACUCAACAGUCAUGAGUUUUCCCCUGCAACAAGGAAGAGAUUCACAAGGUCAGACUCAGAUAUCGUUCGGGAAACCCGAAAUCAGCCUUAGCACCACAAGGGCAACAGAGACCCACUAACAACCACUCUUCAUCAAUUUCUGCAUGACAGUCACAUAAACCCAGAAUUCUUCGCCGAGCAGUAAUGGCCCUAAUCUUCUACUCUGCUUGUAGGAGGAACUUACCAUCAAUCUUGAGCACAUGUCCCAGCCACAUUUCUGAACUCAAGUACUAGAAUAACAUUUGCCGCAGCAUAUGCUGUGACUCUGCUAAUUACUUGCUCUACAAGUCUCUCAGUCAACAAUAUUCUCCGUUUCACCGGUAUUAAAUUUUUGAUCCCGAAAAGGGUGGUGCAGCUCCGGCGGCACGCUAUCUCGAAGAACGAAAACUUGUUUAAGAUCAGUAACCCUAGUUGUUGCUGACAAAGUGUAAGUUUGGGAUCUCAUCUGAUGGUGAUGUGUAAAUAUGAUAAAGCUUUUUUCUUGACCAUGAAGCAAAGCACUCAAAUUCUUUUUCUGUACAAAAUUAUGAACAGCAAUUUUAUCCCUUUUUUUAAUUAUUA